AUGGUAAAAGAUAAAAUCCCAUUUUUCAUACUUCUUCUCCUCUUAAAACUAUUAAGUUACGUUAUAACUAAAACUUUUUAAGAUUGUUCUACUUUUUAAUCCUUACAUUCAUUUGAUCCUAGCAGAAGUGAAUGCCUAAUAAAUUAAGGUAAUCCAAGCAGUCUAUCAAACAAUGAUGUAGAAUUUGCAUAGAAUUUGUAGGGUCUCUUAAAUAAAAAUUGCGUAGGAACAAAAUAAAUAGAAUGCAACUCAUUCUUUAGCUUUACAGCACUUUCAACUGAUAAUUGCAAAUCAGAUACUAUUUUUGUGAUAAAAAAAACAUCGAGCAAGAUAAUACAAAAGUUUUAUCUAGCAACACAGUAUUUGAUAGAAUAUGAUAAAUUAGAUGGCAGUGCUAUUUAUAAUAUUAACUCUCUUGAAUACAAAAUUAAGGCCAAUGUUUAUUAAUAAUGUAAUUAAUAUUACUUCUAAAGUUCAUAUAUAUAUUAAGUUGUUGGCGAAUAUAGUAUUGACAUUUCAUUUUAGCCUUACCCAAGCGGCAGUUAUGGAACUUCCAUUAUUGGCAUUAUUCUUGUAAUAUAAUAUUGUCCUGAUUUUUGUGAUUCAUGCGAUAAUAACGGAUGCUUUAAAUGCUCAUCAGGCUAUUAUUUAUCUAAUGCUAUUUGUAAUGCCUGUGAUGGUACUUGUUUAACUUGCUCAGGAUCUGGAAAAAAUUAAUGUAUUACAUGUAAAAAUAAUUAUUAUAUAUCUGAUAAAAAUAAUUAUUGUGUUUAAUCCUGUGAUUCAGAUUAAUAUGUUAAUUCAAUUUCUCCACAAAAAUAUUGUAGAUCUUGCAUAAGUAAUUGUUAAACUUGCAUCAAAUCAAAUAGCUGUUAAAAAUGCUUAACUAGCUACUACUAUACUGGUCGUUUUUGUUUCCCUUGCGAUAACACUUGCUAUAGCUGCUCAGGUCCUGCAAAAAACUAAUGCAUUAAAUGCUAAAAUAAUUAUUAUAUUUCUGAGAAAUUAAAUAAUUAUUGUGACCCAAAUUGCGACUUAACUUCAGGCUAAUUUAUAGAUUAUUCAAACCCUGAUCAAAAAUAUUGUAAAAAUUGUAUUAGUAAUUGUAAGAGUUGUAAUAAUAAUACUAGCUGUACGACAUGUAUAGAUAAUUAUUAUGUUUCUGAAAAUACUUGCUCUCCUUGUGACAAUUCUUGUAAGUAGUGUUUAGGGCCUGGGGUUAAUUAAUGUACUAUCUGUAGAUAAUCUGGAUAUUUUAUUUAACCUGAUAAUAACAAUACAUGUGUUCAAUCUUGUGAUCAAAAUAAUGGCUAUUAUAUUGAUAAAUUAACUAAUCCUUCACAGUAGUACUGUAGAAAGUGCCUCUUAUCAUGCAAAACUUGCUCAAAUGGAAAUAGUUGCAGUACAUGCUUUGACAAAAACUUUUUAGAUUCUUCUAACUAAUGUUAGCCUUGUGACUCAUCAUGCCAAACUUGUAGUGGUCCAUAAAAUACAAAAUGUAUAAUUUGUAGAUCUGGUUUACACUGGUAACUCAGUACAAGUUUAUGUGUUGAAGCAUGUGAUUCAAAUGAAUUUUUGAAUGCACUAUCGUAAUGCUAAAAAUGUGAUAACUCUUGUAAAACUUGUGAUAGCUCCUCAUCAAGCAAUUGCAAAAGUUGCUAUUCAAAUUUUUACCUUUAUAAUAAAAGCUGUGUUCCUGUAUGUCCAAACGGCUACUCGCAAAAUACUAACACUCUUGCUUGUGAACCUUGCUAAGAUAAAUUAAGCUGUAAUAACUGCUAUAACACUUGCUAAUUAUGUACUUUAGCAUAAAUUUAAACUCAGAAAUGCAACACAUGUUAUACCGAAACAAGAAGAUUAGAUCCAAAUAAUAACUGCGCUUGCUUAAAUCCAAAAGACAAAAGAAAUUUAUUUUACUAAUGCAGUUAUUAAAAUAUAGCCGUCUUAUAUGCCAGUUUAAGUGAAAGUAUUCCUUAGUUAAUUAUUGAUUUUGGCUCACCAUUAAAGUCAAUAAUAAGUUCACCAAAUUAACUCUGCAAGUAGGUGUUUGAAGAUUAAACAUUUGCUUUGUUAGGAUCAGAUUGUACAUGCUCAAUUACUGAUAGCUAAUUUAUUGUUACUUUGACCAACUCUUCUAGUAUUAUGGAGAAUAAUCUUAUAAAUUUCAAAUCUGGAAUCUUGCAGUUUUAGGAUUAUAAUGUUUUUAUAGACACAUUUUAUAGAAAUAUAGUUUACUAAAAUAAGACUGAUAAUCCAAUACUAUAAUUUCAAAGUAAUUUUAUAGAAAACACAUGUAAUCCUGUAAUGGUUACUCUAAGUGAUUUAAAGAAUGAUGCGGGUAGAGGUUUUUUUAAUUUAACAUGGUCAUUGGAGGAAAUAACUGGAAUUACAAAAGAUGAGUAGAUCUAAAGCAUCAAUUAAAUAAUGAAAACAGCAAGUUAAAAUUUGAAUAGAACAUUAAUCAUAGACCCCUCAAACUUACCUCCUAAUCAAAAUAUUACUAUAAAAUUUAGCUUUUUACUAAAAGUGAACAGAACUGGCUAACAGACGUUUAAAAUAUUUUACAGAAAAGAAAAAAUCAUCAGGAUAAAUUAUCAGCAAUCGAUUUAUCCACCUAUAUAUAGGUACAAGAGCUUGAGUUUCUACUUUUAGUUUUACAUUGAAGAAUGUGAGUUUGGAAAUAGUACAUAUUUUAAUGAGCCAACUGAUCUUAAAAUAGUUUCUCCUCAUCUAACUUAAAUAGAGCAAAAUAUUAAAAACUAUAAUUAAUCUAGUUUUUAAUUAGACAUACCUCCUUACACAUUAUCGUCAAAUUAAACAUUUAAUAUCAGUAUGAUUUUAAAUCUUACAUCUGUUAACAGGAUAAGUUCUAUAAAAAAUAUAUCCAUUGAUGUACUCAUUUCUAACUUAUAUUUGUCUAUAGUUGGAGGAUCUAAUUUUAUUGUUAGUUAUUAAAAAUAAUUUGAUUUGGUAUCAGAAUUUAGAGAUUAUGAAAUUCAAGAUCAAACUUCCAUUUUAGGUGUUUCUUUUACCUGGUAGUGCAAGAGUUUAUCAAGUGAAGAUCGCAUUUGCUAUGACUACAAUCAUCAAAUAGUUUAAAUAAAUCAAGGGAUAAGCUCAAUCUCUUUCCCUGAAAGAAACUUCCAGCCCUAUAGCAUCAUAGUUUUAACAAUAGAGGGAUAAAAAGAAAAAAGGUCAGCUAAUUUUACAGCCACUUGUAUUUUUACAGAAUUAGAUAUUCCUCCAUUAACUGUUUUAUAACCUCCACAGCAGUAAAAUCAGAAAAUAAAUUUAAAUUAAGAUCUUAACUUUGUUAUUCAAUACGGUUCCAAUAUUUCUUCGGAUAUUUUAUCAUAUGCUGGAGCUUUGUUGUAUAAAAAUAAAAUAGUUGGAGCCAUAAAAUUUGAUUACUACUAGGUAAAAUUUAGAAUAUGGAGCUAUUUUUAAAAUAUAGAUCCUACUGUUCCAACAGUUUAAGUACGUUUUUCAGUUUACAAUCCAUCUUAUGUCAUGCCAAGUUUAGCAACAAUUACCCUUUUAAUUAACAUUCCUCCUAAAAAUUGCAUUCUUUCUAUAAGUCCAAACCAAGGAGUAGCUCUCUAAACAAUUUUUUCUAUCAAGUUCUCAAAUUGUGUUGAUGAAGACUCUCCUUUAACUUACUAGUUCUUUUACUAUAAUAACCAAGCUGAUUAUGAACAAGAACUAGAUUCACCUUGGAAUAUUUCAAGAAGAUUAAUAAAAGAUUAAACAACUAGCUAUGUGAUGAACACUACUCUACCUUAAGGAAGCUUAAUUAUAAUGAGCCAAGCUAUGGACUCUUAACUUGGAAUUUCUAAUAGCACUUUAACUGUUCAAGUUAAUGGACAAAAUGAAACAGAAGAUAAUUAUUAUUAACUUGUGUACUAACUUAUAAAAUAAGCUUAGUAAAAUUAUCAAUCAUUUAAUGACUAAGUAGUUUCUUUGAGUAUUAUUGGAGAAGAUUUAAGCAAAAACAAAUAACUUUUUACAUCUUAGAAAAUCAAUGAUCUGAAAGCUUAACUCAUAUCGAAUUUGUAGGAAAAAUCAUUUUAAUUACCCUAAUUUUCUCUUUUAUCAACUUAUGCAAAUAAAGUAAUUGCAUAACUGCAGUAAACUCUCAUAGAUUCAAAAGAAAAUUAGAAAGAAACAAUUUACAACCAACUACAAAAAAUCAUAUAACAUACAUAAUCAAGUAUAUAAAAUAACAAUGCAAGCCAACUUUAAUAAAAUAAUGAUAUUUAUAUGCAAAAUCUGAUUGAUUCUUUUAAAAUUUUAAAUUCCACUGUCAAUUUAAGUAGCUCAAUGCUGGAUUUUGAACAUUAUAACAAUAUAUCUUUCCAGAUAGGAAGUAUACUUUCUAACAUCACACUCCCUAAUCAAGGGUCACUCAUAUUAGAAGGUAAUCUAUCUUCUUUACUGUCUGACACAAUAACUCAAAAAAAUAUUUAUAGAUAUGCACUACCAUUUAAUAACUCAGAUUCUUAAAAUUCUACAUUCAACAUAGUUAGAAACACAUAUGCAUUAAAUAUUUAUGAAAACGCAACUAACUUUCAAGAAUAUGUGAAGUAAUAUGAGAAUAUUAGUUCGAAUUUUUAAUAUUCAAAGAACAAAGUAAUAACUACUACAAUAAACAGCACAGAUUCUUAAAAUUUUAUGAAUAAUUCCAGAGUAGCAUAUUAAUUUAAUAAUGCAAUUUCUAGCAAAAAAUAUAACAUGACUUGUUUAUAAUAAAAUGAUGUCAAAUGGUCUAAGAAUGAUUGCAGUAUCUUAAAAUAAAAUUAUAAUAACUUCAUGUGCUUGUGUUAAUCUUAAUCUCCUACAACAAUUAUUGAAGACAUAGAUGACAUGUUUUAAAAAAAUAAAAACCUAGAUACAGUAUUAGGAGAAUAAGGAAUAUAAAACAUACAGAAAUUUAAAGAGUUCUACUUGUAUGCAUCCUUUUGGGUUAUCUCAACUUUUACUGCACUUGAAAUUUUUUUGCUUAUUUUAGGAAAAAACUUAGAUCGUAAAACAAGAUAAAAAAUUAUCUCAUAGGUUUUUCCAGAAAAGUUAAUUAGUCAAUAGUCGAAAGAUUAAGAAUUUUAAGAUUAAGCUGACAUAUAAACUUUCCCGAAAAUAUAAUUAGUGAAUGAAGACUAGCAACCUAAGGUAGAGCCAUCUACUCCACCUUAAAUUAAUAAACAUUUCCCAAGUUUAAUUCUAUAGAAUGGUCAGUCUUAAAAAUCUCCAAAACAAAUAUAGUCUACUUAGCCAAGUGAAAGAAAUUAAAUGAUGCCUAAUGCAAGAUGUAAAAAGACUAAGUUUUUGAAUUUAUAAACAUAAGAAAAAUUACCAGAGAUUAGUUCAAAUAACUUAUCUUAAAACCGAAUAUAGGAUAAUUAACUUUAAAUUUCUAAAUAGCGAAGUACCUUAAAUUAAGAUGAAAAUCCAUAAUAGUCUAUUUAAACAACUUCAUAAAAUGAAACAAAAAAAAUUUAAUAUUUCGAUUUAAAAGAAAAAUAAUAAAUUGCUUUUGAAAAAGCUUCUUUCUUCAAAAAGAUAGCAAUUUUUCAUUAAUUCUUGAGUAUUUUUUAUCUUUAUGAUGAAAUAAUUUCAAGACCUACUCGAUUCACUCUGUUUUAUAUAAAGAAUAUUCAUACUUUAUCAAUUUCCUUACUAUUUUCCUAAUACAAGCAUAUUAGUUAGUAAGUAAUAAUUGCCUUAAUUAACAGCUUUGUUCUAGGUUUAAGUACUUUUUUUAUUUAAUUCACAUACAAAAGAGGUAAGUUUGGAAAAAUAAUAUCUGUCAUUUUUUAAAUUGGACUCUGUUUUGUUUAUCUUUACAUAAUAUUGGCAAUAUCUAGUGGAAACUCUGUGAGUGAGUCAAAUGAAUUCAUGAUGAUUUUCAUCUUAUCAAUGUCAGCAGAUUUAAUAUUUAUGUAAGUAAUCACAUCUUCUUUCAUGAGUCUAUUAGUCAAGAAACACUUUAAAAAUGUAUUAUAAAAUAGCUUUUAUGAAAAAUUAUUUAAUCUUUUUCAACUAAAGUAAGUAAUUGAAAUGAUAGAUAUAUGA